AUGGGCUCGAAAGUCCCACGCAACUUUCGCCUGUUGGAAGAGCUAGAGAAAGGCGAGAAGGGGUUAGGAGCAGGCAAGCAUACAGACAACGCUCUCUUGGUAAACAGAUUCUGACUGACUGCGUCUCCAGAGGCAUGUUCGUACGGGCUCGACGAGGGCGAUGACCUCCUCAUGACCAACUGGAACGGUACCAUCCUCGGACCUCCUCACGUGCGUUUCUACCUCCGAUCAUCUUCUACCGAACAACCCAGAGCUAAAGACAUUGCUUGCAUACACAGAGCGUACAUGAGAACCGCAUAUACUCACUCAAAAUCAUUUGCGGGCCCAACUAUCCCGAUUCGCCGCCAGAGGUUACAUUCAUCAGCAAGGUCAAUCUGCCUUGUGUGGAUCAGAAGAGUGGAAAGGUGAGAUGUGACGGACGAGAGUUGUAUGCUGGAGGAGAGGGGAUAGCUGACAGAUGGAUAAAGGUCGACUUGACGAAACUCCCAAGUUUGAGCACCUGGAAGCGGGACUUCACGAUGGAGACAAUCUUGAUUGAGAUCCGGCGCUUCAUGGCAGCACCGGCAAACAAGAAGCUGCCCCAGCCUCCAGAGGGCACGAACUUCUAA